GCAGCGUGCUAUAUAAGUCUCUUUGUUUGACAGCUCUCUUAGAAAAUGCAACUUCAGUGCAUCGUUUUUUUGUGAUAUGUUGGGGGAAAUUUAAAUUCAAUAUAAUAAUGAAUUCGAUAUUUUUAUAAUUGUAAACGUUUUAUGCUAUGUAGACAGUCAAUUUUGUCGUAUGAUAUAAGAUCACUGCUAGAAGUACCUAGCCGUUGGUUAUUGACUAUUCUCAUCGAUUCAAUAGUCUAUUCUUUUAGUUUUUAAUUAUAAUAUAUAUCAAAAUCUAUGCAUUUUUGUGAUUAAUAUUGCGUAUUGACGAGCAUGGACACUCUAUCCGACAAUUGGGAUCCAGCUCUGAGUCGACUUUUGGCUUCACUGAAGGAGGUUCAAUGUGGCGGUGAAGAUGUUGCGUUUCUGAGCGAGCUUCUUCAAUCCAAGCAGCUUCAUGCCCUAGUACAAGUGCACAACAAGAUUGUAGCGAAAGGGAAAGAUGACAAAUUUUAUCCCCUUUUAUCAAAUGCUAUGCAAGUUACACUGGAAGUGUUUGAAGUCCUUGGCGAAGUGACGACAGUGUCAAAGGAGUAUCAAGAACUCCUCGGUUUGUUGCAGAAGCCACAUUUUCAAGCAAUUCUUUGCACACACGAUGCUGUGGCCCAAAAGGACUACUAUCCUCAUUUGCCCGACAUCCCCUCCGAUGCGGACGAGGACGAGGAGACCGUCAAGAUUGUGCAACUCGUCAAGAGCGACGAGCCCUUGGGUGGAGCACAGAGUGCAGAACCUAUUGUGGGGGCGACAAUCAAGACUGACGAAGAAACAGGCAAGAUAGUGAUAGCGCGGGUGAUGCACGGCGGCGCGGCGGACCGCUCCGGUCUCAUACACGCCGGGGAUGAGGUCAUCGAAGUGAACGGCAUUAGCGUCGAGAACAAAACGCCCGCUGACGUCCUCUCAAUACUGCAAAAUUCAGAAGGUACUAUCACCUUUAAACUCGUGCCUUCGUUUGGUAAAGGUGGUUCCCGUGAAAGUAAAGUCAGGGUUCGUGCUUUAUUUAACUACAGUUCCUCAGAAGAUCCGUACAUACCGUGCAAGGAGGCAGGACUAGACUUUAAAAAAGGCGAUGUCCUGCACAUCGUGUCUCAAGACGACGCUUACUGGUGGCAGGCACGUCGCGAAGGUGAUAAGGUGAUGAGGGCCGGCUUGAUCCCAUCAAGGGCUUUGCAGGAGGGCCGCAUCAUCCACGAGCGGCAGACUGACCCGCAGACUAUGGACGGUAAGCCGGCCCUUUGCAGUCCCUCCGGCAACAACUCGGACUGCGCCCCGAAAACACCAUGCUCACCGACGCCGACGGCCACUGCACUCCUUCCCUGCAAGUCCACACCGAAAGUGAAAAAAAUUAUAUAUGAUAUUACAGAGAAUGAUGAUUUUGAUCGGGAAAUGAUACCCACGUAUGAAGAGGUCGCCAGGUUGUACCCUCGCCCGGGGUUGGUGCGACCCAUCGUGUUGGUAGGCGCACCGGGAGUCGGUCGCAACGAGCUGCGGAGGCGUCUGAUCGCUACAGACCCAGAGAAAUAUAUCACUCCGAUCCCAUACACAUCUCGACCGCAAAAGUCCAGUGAACAGAAUGGCAAAGAUUACAUGUUCGUCUCACGUGAAAAAAUGGAGCAAGAUAUCGCUGACGGCAAAUUUAUAGAGCAUGGCGAAUACAAGGGAAAUCUCUACGGGACAUCGGCCGAGAGCGUCGAGACUAUUAUUAACUCUGGGCGCGUGUGCAUACUGAGCCCUCACUGGCAAGCACUCAAGAUGCUCCGCACGGCGCGGCUGCGGCCAUACAUUGUGUUCAUAAAACCGCCCACUUUGGAAAGACUAAUAGAAACUAGAACUGCAGCAAACGCGCGUUCAACUUUCGACAAAGAGUCAUCUCGGGCUUUUACGGAUGAGGAGUUGUCAGACAUAGUGCGCUCGUCAAAUCGCAUCAACUUCCUGUACGGAUAUAUGUUCGAGGAGGAGAUCGUGAACGAGGAGCUGGCGAGCGCACUGACGCAGUUGCUGAAGGCGGCAUGGCGCGUUCAGUCCGAGCCGCUGUGGGUGCCCGCCUCCUGGGUACAGUAGACCAACACCUUGCAAUCAAACUGAUCUGUUUUGUAAAAUUUAGCUUCGGACCUUUAAUAGUUAUCAUUGAAAUCACUCCAAUAUUUUCUCAUUAAUUAGCGAACAAUUUAUUUGAAUUUUAGCGUACUUUUCUAGACAAUUCCAGUAAUAGUAAUUCUCCAUACUGCCUGUCAAUCGUUAUUUAUCGACUUACCAAACAAAAUUAAUCGAAUAGAAUUAUAUAUUAAUAGUAAUUCCAGCCCUGUAUCGUUUUAUGUCCCUCUGCUGGGCCUCCUCUAAUACUGAGAGGGGAAUUAUAUUGUACAACCGUGAUACACCUACACAUAAAUAAAACAUACAUAGUUAAUUUCAAAAUAAAGAAAAUAUUACUUAGGGACUAUGCAAUUAAUAUUAACCCAAAUAUUUUUAAUGGAUAACAAUGAUCAAUACGAUAUCUAUUUUUAAUGUGCCCCCAACUCUGGAGAUGUUCCUUUGACAGCUAUCACAGGGCUCGAGCUAAACUUUACAAAAUAUAAUACAGAUGCAUGUACCUUCAUAUUAUACCGUCAACAAUUAUAACUAUAUUUACUAUAUUAUAGUAUAAUUAGUUCAAUAUUUUGUGAUCGAGUCCUUUAUGACAUUGUUUUGUUUCGUGAACUGCCUGUAACCAAUAGUUGCUAAAGUGAUAAAAGAAAUUAUUUAUUUAAACACCAACAUGAAUUCAAUAAAGAAAUUCUAAAUGUUACGUAGAGACAAUACUAGACAUAGUUCAGUGUCGGUUCGAUCCGAUCAUUGCAUUUGCAGGUCAACAAAUUGUAACAGGUAUAACAUAGCGUGUGUGGUCAAGUUACGGAAUGUGUUGCCACCGAAACGAGCGUGUUUCCGAUUGAAACUAUGUUUACAGUACCGCACAAUGUCGUUUGUUGGCCUGUGGGCACCCUCGCACUGGGAAUGUAAUGUUUUAUAGCAGAACAAAUGCACCAAAUUACAUUAUAGCUUUAUAUAUCUGUGUCGUGCUUAUAGAAAAAUAUAAAUAGCAUAGUUAUUUGGAGAAUAUCUAAAUGUGUUAUAAUGACGAUAAGUUGUGCCUGUUAAAACGAUUAAGAUAGUAAUUUGCGUAUCGUACCCAAGUAUUUGUUGUUAUUACGGGCAGAAUAAGUGAGUUAGUUGUUCCUGAAGAGGUUCUGGGAGGCGGGCCGCCGGACCCCGCCGUGGUGCUGACUUGCUGCAUGAACGUGUCGAGUGGCUGGACCACUAACAUAAGUUAUAUUUUGAAUAAUAUCAUAGCUAAUAAAAUCGUGGCUGUGCUAAUUGUACCUGCAGACUACGUUUUGCCCGUAAUGUCUAAAUUUAUUUUUAUUUGUAAUAUCACUACCUCGAAUCACGUUAUUUAUGAACAGUGCCUAUAAUACGAUUGUGGUGUGGUGUUCGUUUUUGUCAAUGUGGUAAACGGAACCUGUAGAAGUAUGUGUAAGCUUCGUUAAUCUACUAAUGUCGGUAUUUAAACUUUGUAUUCUUAAAAUCUAUUUACAUCUAUGUUUAGAUAAAAUUUCAUGUACUUAUUCCAUUUAGCAAAAGUGUCACAAAAAACCCAUUCCUAUAGUCUUUUCUCUAGAAAUUCCAAGGACGUAAUAUGUCCGUGGAUUAUAUUAUAAUAUAUUCACUAAAUCAUUUAGUUUUCUAAAAUGCUCAAAAGAGAACGAUCUAUAAAAUAUCAUUUAAUUAAACAAGCACAGAUAAAUAUGUAUUUACGUAAACGUUUAUUGACGGUUCGCAUUUGAUGAUAUCAUGACGAAGAUACAUAUAUAACUAAAUAAAAACUAAUAAUACCUGAUUGGUGACAUACUAUGUAGGUUGACCUCUAUGAACAUUAUAUUCUAUUAAUCCGUUAACUAUCCUAAUCCGUCUUUGUAUAUUAAACCACAAAACAUUUAACAACUGUUGCAUCUAAAUAAAAUGUCAGCUAUGUCGAGCGUGAAGUUACAGGAGAAUUAUAUGUAUAAUAUAAUAUUGUUUGUAUAAUGAAGUUAUGAGAUCAAACCACUUUAUUUUGUAAUACGUAUAUAGAUGAGCAUAUUUGAUUGUCGUGUUAGCAAUAUCGAAAAUGUGGUGACAAGAGAUUUAUCAAAUUGGUUACUGCCUGCUUUAUAGGUAUAUAUUUAAAGGCGACAGUCGUUUACUUUAUCGACAAUAACGUUUAUCUGCUUCCCGAGGAACGUGUUGAAUUUAAUAAAGACCUUUAUCGUCUGUAUUAUGAAGUAAUUGUAAAAGAUGUAUUCAAAGUUUAAAAAACGUAUGUAUUGAUCAUAACAUUCGUACCUACAUCACUUUUUAUAGUUAGAGUGCUCCUGAAUUGAGCGUAGCAUCGAUUUGAUGUAUUUUAUAUUAGCAUUUUAGCAUAGUAAAUUUUUUUUAUACCAAUUUUUAUUAUUUUUUUAAAUCUCUUAGAUACAUCUUUUUAAAUAUAUGUACUUGCAAGCCUUAAAAUCCAGCAGAAUGAGCAUUUUAACAAAUAGGUACGUACGAGUUUAUAAAGAUACUUUUUGUUUAAUCAAAGCUCUAUAACUAUUCAUGUGUGCAUUGGUAUAAUUUAAUGAACAUUAUUGGGUUUGUUACAGUCCCUCACAUAAUUUUAGUACAUGCCAAAUAUCGAAGGUGAGGUAAAUAUUCCAUAACAUUUACUACUUAAACAUAAUAAAACAAUAUCAAAAUUAUUAUAAUAAUUACAGAUGGUGAUUUCUCUUCCUGCAAAGUAGUCUAUUCGUACUUUGUAUUCAUUAUUUAUUGACACUUCACCGUCAAUAUGUUUUAUUGGUCUGCACCGAGGGCUUGUUCCUGGCCGAUAAAAAUGUGGAGACAGAACUAUUUUUCUUAUUUUUUUGUUUCUUUAUACGAUAUUUAUGGGAGGAACCAGCAAUUUUUAAACCUACAUUCGAAAAAAUUAACAAAAUAAGAUGCUGCUGGAUUUGAAUGUUUACGAGUUUAGUUGUUACGUUAAUAAAAGGUGUAUGAAACUGUAUAACAUGAAGUUGUUGUUUACCAAUUUUAGUGUAAAAUAUAGUUUAGAUAAUAAAUCCCAAAUAUAGUCAUUACUCCAAAGUCUGUACAUACACCGGCGCGUACGCGCUCCGCCUUAUUACUUCAUAGUAAUAUGUUCAAAAUAUAUUUAUUUUUUAAAAGUAUGACAAUUUAUAGCAGUUCAUUGCUGCAUACUUUUAAAAUGUAGGAAAAUACAAUAAUAGUCCAGUCAAAAUAGACACAAUAAACCUGCGAGUUACGAAAAAUUCGCAGAGCUGAAAAUUGGUAUAGACGUUAAAUAAGUCAUUAAAAUGUAAUAAAAUAAUCAAUAAUGGAAUUCGCGGUAAAAGCUAUGACUGGUUAAAAAUCUUAUUUACAAAACAGAGAACAAAUAGUGGAAGUGCCACACUACAAUCUCAAUACUAAGCAAUACAAAAAAUAUACUCUCUGAGCAAAACUACUAACUCUUCUAUUCCACAAGGUAGUGUUUUAGGAUGCUUACUAUUUUUAAUAUAUAUUGACGACCUCCCGAAACACCUAGACUGGCAUUGUGUGUUGUUUGCAGAUGACAUAUUCCUCCUAACCUCCUUCAAGAAUAAUAAUAAUACUAAUCUCAAUGAAAGAAUCUACUCUAUACUCUCAAAAAUUGAAAAUUGGUUAGCAAAACACAACCUAGAAAUCAACUGCUCAAAACAAAGUUAAUAACAUCCUACUCACCUCAAAAACUUCCCUUAAACAUAAACGUUAGUUACAACGGAACGAAGCUUGAGGUCGUAAAAAACGCUACAUUAUUAGGAUUAGGCACCCACUUAAACUGGAUACAGCACAAACAAGCAAAAAUAAAAACAAAAUUAUUCAAAUUUACAUAUAUAUACGCCUUACGCGAAAUAAAAAAAACCACUAACACGCAGACUGCCUUAACCACAUAUUAUACGUAUGUCUGUCUACGCAUGGCUAAGUUAUGGUAUAAUAUUGUGGGGCAAUAGUAAAGGGACAAAAAAUACAUUCACUUUACAAAAAAAGUUAGUUAGAAUGAUUGUAAAUAUAAAAGAAACUGAAAGUUGUAGACCUCACUUUAAGAAGUGUAAAAUUCAUACUCUUCCUUGCAUUUACAUUUUAGAGAUAAGUAAAUUUGUAAGAAAAUACGUACAAAAAUUUUUUUUAGAACAAUUACUUAUUGUAGAAAAUUGUAUAUCUACAACUUUUUGUCAGACCUAUUUUACGAUAAUACCUCCGGUUCAAAGGAAAAUGGGAAAAACCGGAAUUUUUUCUUGAAUAAAAUUUUUGCACACAGGAUCGAUGGGGUCUUUUAACAUUUUAUUGGUAAUGACAUAUUUAAUGUCUAUACCAACUUUCAGCUCUAUGCGAAUUUUUCCUCACUUAAAUUUUAAUUUGACUGGACUAUAAAAAUAUUACGCUGGUAUGAUUUUAUCCUAGUAAAAACAAGUUAUAUGUUUUUGUGGUCGAUUUUAAAGGAAUAACGUAAUACAACAAUUACCUACUGUGAAGUUAUGUUUCCAUCGCAUUUCUUUAUAACGUAGUUUUUAACACCUUUAGGUACUAUAAUUAUUAUUUAUAUACAAAUAAUGGGCCUAAAGAAAAAGAGGAGUGGCAUUUUAUUGCUUGUCAAAAUUAUACGUUUUUUUAUCUUGCCAUUUAUCAGACAAGGAUUGCUAUUUUGCGUGAUGCAUCUGAGCAAGCAAGUAAGUAGGUAUUUAAAAUUGUGUAUAUUGCAUCUAGAUGCAUGCUCUAUGUUUUGUGACAAGCUUCUAUGUUCUACAUGAUCGCUUUGCGAUAGAACCUUGCGUCUACCAGCCAGAACCUGUUGGCUUCAAAGCGAGAAUUCAAUUUUAGACCAAAAUAUUUAUAAGGUGGGCGAUUAUCGAUAUCUGUUUUUUUUUAUAUUUAUAUAUUUAUGGGAUAUUGUGUUCUCCACCAGUGGAUAAUAUAAUAAAAUAAUGUCCGCGAUCCGGAUGCAAUGGUUGCACAUCCAUAUCUGUUAAUGACAAUUUGUGUUCAGUGGUUUACAAACUUAAGCUGACGAAUUAAUUCAGUCAGCAAAGCGUGUUCUAAAGUCAGGGAUACAAAUUAGAGAUCUCCGGUCAAGAAAAGGAUGUUUAUUGGUAUUACAACUGUUUUGAUUAUGUCCAUCAUUCAUGAUCGCCCAUCUCUAUUACACAAUUAAUUGCACAGUGCGUUCUACGUUAAUGAAUUACUUAGAUUAUCACAAGUACAUACGUACCAAUUAAAAUACUUAAAUGAUCAGUUAUCGGCUAAGAAUGGAGGCGAUAUUGUAUAAACAUAUGGACGCUGUUUACUAUGCCUUCUAUAUUUCUUGAUUGGUUAAAUAAGUUUUAUGAAUCAUAAUAAUAUCCAUCCAGAGCUGUUAUUAAUGCGGAAAUCCUCCUAAUACAUAUAAGAAGAAUAAUAACGUAUUUUUUAGUAAUGUUGAUUGCUUGUAAUGUUAUAGGUAAUAACCUAUACAUUGGCCCUUAGCGUUUAGAUGCCUGCAGCGAAGGUUUUCGUGUUUAGUAGAACAAUGUAAUUAAAGUGUGCGUAUAGCAUAAGUACUUUACGAAAGGUUUAUUUGAUAAAACAAAUAAAUCCAACGGCACAUGUAAUGUACCAAUUAUAUUGGUAUCUGCUUUAUUAAAUAACUGACCGUUGUAAUUAACAGAGUGAAUUUUCGAAAUGGGACAGCAAAGGCAGCUAGCUAACUUAACCGCUGUAGCUUUAAGAAAUAUUUCUUAGGAGACUUUCUAAUAUUCCUGAAGAUUUUAAGAUCUGCAUUCACAGAAUUUGAAAACAAUAUACGGUUACCAAUAAUAUGGGCAAUUUAUGCAAAAAUAUUUGGUGUCAAACUAUUCUGUUGCUUAUAAAAAUCAAAAGACUAUUGGACCAUUAGAGGUUUGAGUAGUUCAAAGCCAGAAAAUUUAUAUAGGUUUUGUAAAAAAUGCAACUCUAAUUCGAUCUUAAACAUACAACUUUGUAUUUAUAGUCGACUCGUCUACAAAAACAAACAGAAACAUUUAGGAACUGAAAAAUUUACCAAUAUCAAUUUUGGUACUAUUGCAACGGUAAGUGAAUUUAUGUAUGUGAAAUUUUUAACAUAAUUAUUUUUUGUACAUUUUUCAGUUUCUAAAUAUGUUACUGUUAUUGUUUGUAGACGAGUCAACUAAUUUAAAUGCGAAUUUCAAACUAAUUUCUUCCAAAAUGCAUGGGAAUAGAUUAUGCAACCUUGGCCUUAAAAGAACUCAAACCUCUAAUGAUCCCACAUAGUCGUUUGAGCCUUAUAAGCAACAGUGACUAUUGGCAUAAAGAAAAUUAUUACCUACUUAAAUUGCCCUUUUUUUGCUGAAUGUAAUUAUUUUUCACAACUUGAGAAUGUAGAUUUUAAUGUCUUACAAUAAUGAUACAGAGUCAUCUAUGAACAUGUUCAUGUAAU